CAGUGUCCUACUGUGUCGUGGUCCGUGGUCCUACCGUCCUGCUAGCCUCUAGCGCCAACCUCUGUAUAGGAAGGUGGGAAUGACCUUAUAAGUCUGAAGCCGUUCUCAAACGAAGAAAAUCUUCUAGUGUGUUAUGCAGCGUACUUGAGUUCAAUCUCAGUGAUUAAAAAUAUAUAAUUAAACCAACGACUAUUAUUUUGGUGGUUUGUUAAGUAAAAUUGUCUAUUGAGUAAAAAUGUAACUAUUAAACUUUUAAUAUUUUUAUCAAAGACUUUAACUAUUUCUAAAAGUGUUUUACAAUGAACCAAAAACCCGGACAGUUGGAAGAAAAUGGAGGGGUUUCUCUGGCCGAGGAGGAACGGAUGAUACCUAAAAGAACAGCAGAGUUUCCGGACUUUAAGGACUUGCAGGAUUCUCAGUCAGUUCACUUGGAGGAGAAUGGCCAUGUCAAAGGUUCAGAAGCAGACAAGAUGCUGCAGAGACAGAGGCGACUGACUGAGUACAUCGUACUCUCAGAAGACACAACCUGUGGCAUAGGCUGCUGCAAGGGGAAACUGCUGCAGAGGUUCGCCAACAAGAAGGCUUACGUGAUCCUCUAUGGCAUCCUUGGCUGCAUCUUCUCUGCCUCAUACAGCUACUUCAACGGCACAAUCACCACCUUGGAGAAACGCUUUAAAAUACCAAGCAAAACUACAGGUAUCAUCACAGUAGGCAAUGACAUCAGCCAGCUGUUUGUCUCUGUGGUGCUCAGUUACUACGCAGGUAGAGGACAUCGGCCUCGAUGGAUCGCCCUGGGUGUCUACACUGUCGUGGUGUUCUGUCUCAUGAAUGCUCUGCCACAUUUCCUGUACGGCCCAGGACUAGACGCAUUGUCACUCACCGUGGAGUACGGGGGACACUAUGACGAUGGGAACACCACCGCUGCAGUUAUCGAGAAGCAGAACCGCAAGAUCCUGUGUCAGACGGCGGGGUCAGCGGGGUGUGAUGUGGCGGAGGCUAACCUGGCCCCGCAGAUCAUACUGUUCACAGCUCAGCUAGUGUCCGGGGUGGGGGGCUCACUGUACUACACGCUGGGAGUGUCGUACAUGGAUGACAACAUCAAGAGGUCAAAGACUCCUGCACUAGUCAGUUUCUCCUACUUUCUCCGCAUGUUGGGCCCAGCCAUUGGAUAUGCGUUGGCUUCUUUUUGUUUGAAGCUCUAUAUUUCACCAUCUCUGACUCCAACAAUCAAAAUGGGGGAUCCUCGGUGGCUUGGGGCCUGGUGGCUAGGAUGGCUGGUUCUAGCAGUAUUGUUGUUCAUGUUUGCCUCCCUGUUGGCGCUCUUCCCCAAAACACUACCGAGGGCUGCUGCCAGGAAAAUGUUAGCAACUGAGAAGGCAGCUAUAGAAGAACAGAAAUCUGUGGAGCCUGAAUUACCAGCUUCAUUUCAAGAUAUGAUGAAAACCUUCAAGAGACUCAUGAUGAACCCCACCUUGAUGUGUAACAACUUUGCUGCCAUCUUCUACUUCAUGGGCUACAUGCCAUACUGGAUCUUCAUGCCAAAGUACAUUGAAACUAUGUACAAACAGUCGGCAUCAGCUUCGAGCUUUAUAACAGGUACGGUCGGGCUGGUGUUUUCAGCCUUUGGAAUCCUCAUAUCAGGUCUUGUCAUCUCCAAGUACAAACCUCGUGCACGCUACCUCGCUGCCUGGAACGUGGUGGUCGGUGCCAUAAGUGUCAUGGGGAUGAUCUCCUACGCCUUUCUGGGCUGUCCUGUCAAUGACACACAAGGCGCUAUCACUUCUUCUGGCGAACUGCAGACAUCGGCACCUUGCAAUGAAGACUGUCAUUGUGACUAUGUCAAGUAUUCCCCAGUCUGCUCUCCUGAUGGGAGAACCUUCAUCUCUCCCUGUCACGCUGGAUGUCGGUCCUACCAGACACUCAUCAAUGGCUCCAAGGUGUACACAGACUGCUCCUGCGCCCCUCGCCCUCCCUUCCUCCCCACCCCGGACCCUCCUGUCUCCCUAGUGGAGGAGGGACUCCUGGGAGGUCCUGAGGGAGAUGCAGAGGAUGUCCCUUGGUACAUCACUGCAGGACCGUGCCCCGUGGACUGCACCACCAAGUUCUACAUGUUCCUUGCCGUCGUCUGCAUGCUGAAGUUCAGUGGAGCUACAGGGAGAGCCUCAAAUUUCCUUGUUUCAGUCAGAUGUGUGGAGGAGAAAGAUAAGCCAAUAGCGAUGGGUUUUGGCCUCAUGCUUAUGAGUAUGUUUGCCUUCAUACCUUCUCCCAUACUUUUUGGCUAUUUCAUUGACAAGACUUGCCUGGUGUGGGGAAAGACAUGUUCAGGGACAGGCAACUGUUGGCUUUACAAUGCCGAGUCCCUCAGGUUCCUGCUCAACUUCACGGCUACAGGCUUUGUGACAAUAGGGACGCUUUUCGACGCUGGGGUCUGGUACUAUGUAAAGGAUUUGAAGAUUUUCGAUGAAGAAGUUGAAAUGGAAAUGGUUGCUCAAAGAGCGAAGACUCAAAGGAAGUGAAAAAUGUCAAUUUCUUCUCGGAAGUACUUAAAAGACCUCAAGAAAAGUGUAUAUAGUUAAUUAAUGUAAAUCAUCAUUCAUCAAACCCGCUCUUUAGAUUUUAUAUGAUGGCUAAACAAUUAUGCUCUGGUUUCUGAAACAGCUUUGUGUUACCAUUAAGGACACAUGUGUGUUACCAUAAGGAUAUAAUUGGACAUAGUUCUUACCAUCAUUAUGUCUUUUCAUCCAUCUUUUCAUCAUAAAAAAAAUCACAAACCAAAAUUUGUUUGUACAAUUAACCUCUAAAUCAUUUGUUAUAUAUAGUGUCUAAAUCAACCAAAUUGUCAUUUAAAGUCUACAGAAACAAAGAAGAAACACAGGCAGAGUUUGUCUAUGUCUGCUGAUUCCACAAACUAAAUAUUAAUUAACGAGCUACAAUUUAAUUUACUAUUUUUAUCCUCGUUUUGUUAGUUUUUAUCAUUCAACAUUUAAGUUAACAUUUUGGUUAUUUUUUGGCUCUGUAUAUUCUUGUAUUAAGGUACUUUAUGUUUUUUUAAACUACAGUAGAGGCCCGCAAACUCGGCGUAAUGUGGACUGGAAGGGUGCUGAAUUUGUGAAAUGCCGGGUAAUCGGGAACUAGGGUUAAAAGUAAGAACAAUACAAUUUUAGCUGCCUUAUUUACUGCCUUAAGUCAGUAUUAAGUCAUCAGAUAUCGUAAAAUAAAUCCUUGGGAGGAGUUGCCAAUGAUUUGACUUGAGCCCCUGUUUAACUCGGACAUAAAAAUCACAAAUUUUCUAAGCCAGGUGAUGGCCGAAUUAUCCAGACUGCCGGGCUAUUGAGUGUUGAGUUUGCGGGACUCUACUGUAAUAGUUAGUGUUAAAAUUUCAGUAGGCCUACACAUUUGUGCCUUGUAGCAUUUUUGGUGGAAUAAAUCAUAAAUUCAUUCAUAAAUAUAUAACCCAAAAAUUACAAAUCUCAGUCUAAAUUUUAAAGUAUUCAAUUUUAUCUAUGAGCUGUAUUGAUUGCAGUGUAAAAUUGUAAAAAAAAAGGAGAAACCGCUAAAAGUAAACAUUACCUGAAUUAAUUUGUAUUGUUCCUCUGGGUCUAUAUAAAUUGAAAUCCUUCUCAAGUUUAACAUUUUAACUUUGAAAUUAAUGUAUUGUAGCCAUAUUGUAGAAAGUAGAUUUUAAAAUAUCAAAUUAUUGUAAAAUGUAUUUUUAAAUUUUACCAAGCAAAUCUGUAUUUUGAGUUAAAUAUUUUUUCAGCCAAAUAAUAGGUAGUUAGUUUUAAUGAUUUUGAAAGCUGACCAUUAUUAUUGUAUUCUGUCUUUGUCGUGCCAUAUUGUGUAAAUAGUUUAAAGCAUUUUUAUAUUGACAAUUUGAUGAGGAGAAAUUGUAACCAAAAGCUUUUUAGUUCAUUUUGUAUCAAAUGCAGCUAAAACAGUGCAACUGUUUAACUUGGAUGUUAAAUAUUUUCAAUUUUGAUUAAUAUAAAUUCAAUAUAUUUACAAAUGUUUGAUUUUAUUUCCUUUAUUCCUUCGAGAAUUAUUUAUCCUCAAGAAUAGCUGUGUGUUCGUUGUAUAACCAACACUAGAGUAUUAUCUAUUAUAUAACAGUUAUGAUGAUCAUAUCUUUAUAUAACUAUUGUUUAGGAAUGAGGCACAGCUGGAAUAAUGGUUGUGACUUUCUGUACAGAAGAGAUUAUUUAAGGCAAUGUUUUGAAGAAUGACAAAAGGAAACUAAAAGACUAGACACCAUAAUAUGAGGUUUCUAAACGUCUGGGAAUAAGUUUAACUAGUUUCCAAUAGUUUGGGUAGCAGUUAAGAGCUCACCUUCAAAUCUAAAGGUUGCUUGGAUAUAUUCUAAGCUCGAUAAUUUUCAGAUUUAGAUGCCAUUUGUCAUUGGGUUAGUAAUCAAUUAUGCUAUCUAACAAACAAAAAAUUGUAUCAAUUAUCAUUUAUUGAAAUGGGGCACCACUUAGGUCUGUAUUUUAACCCAAAUAUCAGUGAAAGAUGAGUGAAGAAUGGUAUGUGAUGAUCUGUAAAGUGUUUUUACUUACUAAGAUCAGCUGUUUCAUCUGCUAGGAUUAUUAAUUUAUAGCCAAAUGAUCAGGAACAGCUGGGUCCAGUUUGGUCCAGCUGGAACCAUAAAAAAUUCAUUCAAUAAAUGCUGUAGAAAUCACAAAAAAUAGGAAAUAAAAAAAUGUUAUUUGCUCUAUGACAUUGUGGUCCCACUUUAAGCUUAAGACUCCAACUACUGUAUUUAC